AAAGAGGUUUCAGCUGUGAAUCAGGGGAUGAAGCAACCGGGGAAACAUUCUUUUUUUAUCGUCCGAGUUGUAUUUUCAUUUCUGGACUUUGAGUUCUGCGGCUGAAUUUGCCAAACCAAGGCAAAACAGUUUCCGGUCACUAUGGAUAUUGCCAUCCAGCACCCCUGGUUUAGACGUGCCCUGGGCUCCACCUAUCCUGCCCGACUCUUUGACCAAUUUUUCGGAGAGGGAAUUUUCGACUAUGACCUUUUCCCCAUCACCACCACCAUCAGUCCCUAUUAUAGACACUCGCUGUUCCGCAAUCUUCUGGAUUCCUCCAACUCCGGGAUCUCUGAGGUGAGGUCUGACAGGGACAAGUUUACAGUCUACCUGGAUGUCAAACACUUCUCCCCUGAUGAGCUCAGUGUGAAGGUGACUGAUGACUACGUGGAAAUCCAGGGCAAGCAUGGAGAAAGACAGGAUGACCAUGGUUACAUCUCUCGCGAGUUCCAUCGCCGGUACCGUCUGCCCUCCGCCGUCGACCAAUCAGCCAUCACCUGUACCCUGUCAGCUGACGGUCUGCUGACUCUGACUGGUCCAAAGGUGUCCGGAGGGAGUGAAUCUGGUCGGGGUGAUCGCAGCAUCCCCGUCACCCGCGAUGACAAGACCAGCGCUGCUCCAUCCUCCUAGAGAGAAACCGCUCUAGUUUCCCACAAACCUUCUAGUCUGGGAUGGACAACCCGAGAUUUCUUCUUCUACGCCUGCUGUUCAUCUUCCUUCACUUCCUCUGUAGGACCUCAUGUAGAAAUAUAGUAUUGCUGUUUUUAGGUACAACAUAGAGCAGCCUUCCAGGGUUGCUGAGUAAGGGCCUCUAAACCCUUUUUUCUCUUGUCCUUUCCUGUAACCUACUAUAGAUCUUGUUCACUAUUACCAUGUUCACGCUGAAAUAACAUUUAAUAAAGCUGUAUAAAUAACUAU